ACUCGCUGCGGGUCGCUGCUGCUGCUGCGUGUCCGCCAUGAGGAGCGUCCUGGUGGGCAUGAAGAGCGUCCUGGUGGGCAUGAAGAGCAUCCUGGUGGGUUACGUGCGGCAUGAGGAGUGUCCUGGUGGGCUGCGUGCGGCAUGAAGAGUGUCCUGGUGGGCAGGAUGCGGCAUGAAGAGCGUCCUGGUGGGCAGGAUGCGGCUGAGUGGUACCCGAAAAUCCAUCCAUCCAUCCAUCCAUUUUCUACCGCUUGUCCCUUUCGGGGUAGCGGGGGGUGCUGGAGUCCAUCUCAGCUGCAUUCAGGCGGAAGGCGGGGUACACCCUGGACAAGUCGCCACCUCAUCGCAGAUCUAACACCAAGGAAGCAUAUCGUACAUUUCCAACGGCCUAGCGUUGAAAUGCACUCGGCGUGUGGAGUGGUCCACAUGAGCGCUGCUUCAUGGGAGCAGCCGGGCGCUGCCUUGCUGCACACGGACAGAUGGCCUUUUAAAGUCCCGCUGGUCAGAGUCCACCUGAAGGCAGCAUGAUGCCUUCCAAAGUGUCGUGCCUCUACCUGCUGACCGUGGUGUGCUGGGCCAGCGCGCUGUGGUACUUAAGUAUAUCUCGGCCCACGUCCAGCUACGUGGGUCACAUGUCUCUACCCAUACGCAAGACGGCCAAAGCUGCCAAGAACUUGACCUUCAGCAACAUCCGAACACGUCCUCUCAACCCGCACACCUUUGACUUUGUCAUCAACGAGCCCAAGAAGUGCGAGGACAGCGCCCCCUUCCUGGUCAUCCUCAUCAGCACCACGCACAAGGAGUUCGACGCCCGCCAAGCCAUCCGCGAGACCUGGGGCGACGAGAGCGCCUUCAGCGACCUGCGCGUCCUCGCCAUCUUCCUGCUGGGCAGGAACACCGACCCCGUCCUCAACCGGAUGGUGGAGCAGGAGAGCCAGAUCUUCCACGACAUGGUGGUGGAGGACUUCAUAGACUCCUACCACAACCUCACCCUCAAGACUAUGAUGGGAAUGCGCUGGGUGGCCACAUUUUGCCCCAAGGCGCAGUACAUCAUGAAGACGGACAGCGACGUCUUCGUCAACAUGGACAAUCUCCUCUACAAGCUCCUGAAACCCAGCACCAAGCCCAGGAAGAGGUACUUCACGGGGUACGUGAUCAACGGGGGUCCCAUAAGAGACAUGCGCAGUAAGUGGUACAUGUCCAGGGACUUGUACCCCGACAGCAGGUACCCGCCUUUCUGCUCGGGCACGGGGUACGUCUUCUCCUCGGACGUGGCGGAGAUGAUCUACAAGACCUCCCUGCACACCCAACUGCUGCACCUGGAGGACGUCUAUGUGGGGUUGUGUCUGCGCAAGCUGGGCAUACAUCCCUUCCAGAACACUGGCUUCAACCACUGGAAGAUGGCCUACAGCUUGUGCCGCUACAGGAGAGUCAUCACCGUCCACCAGAUCUCACCUGAGGAGAUGCACCGUGUUUGGAGCGACAUGGCCAACAAGAAGCACCUGAAGUGUUAGUUAGUUGACUUCCCAUGAUGCCGUUAGUCAAUGUUGCAAAUCAUCGUACUAUUAUUAUUAUUAUUAUUAUUAUUAUUCUCUAUCAGCACCAUUCAUGAUCGCUUUUCAGAAAGGGAAGACUAAAUAUAAACAGUCUCUGCUGUGUUCAAAAAAGGCGUAGAAACUAUUCUGCAAGAUCAAAUUGAUCUGACUUGUAUUCACAACUGGGGGUCCAGACCUGAGGACUUUUAGCAUCCAGCUAAAACUGUUUGGCUGGGGGCCAAAAGCCCACUGCAUGAUAAGUAACACAAUUAUGUAUGUACGUAUGUAUACAUACAUUUAUAUAAUGUGUGUGUAUAUAUAUAUAUAUACACACACACACACACACACA